AUGGCCUACGUCGGUGUCGUCAAGGCGCUGUACGACUACGAGGCCCAGAACCCCGACGACGAGCUCUCUUUCAAGGAGGACCAGAUCCUCUAUAUCGUGGAGAAGGGCGACGAUGAUUGGUGGAAGGCCAAGUCUAAGGAUGUGGAGGGCCAGGAGGGUACUCUGGGCCUGAUCCCCUUCACCUACGUCGAGGAGCUCCCGCCAAUGAACCAGACUCGGGCGCUUUACGCAUAUGAGAAGACAUCACCCGAGGAGCUCACGAUGGACGAGGACGCUGUUCUCAUUGUGUACGACGAGGAGGACGACUGGCUGCUCGUGCGCGUCGAGGGCAGCGAGGAGCUGCUGGGCUUCGUCCCCAAGAACUACUGCGAGCCCUUUGACGCCGUCGACGGUGUUGCAGUCCCCGACGCCGCCGACGCCGAGGCAGAGAUUGAGGCUCAGCGUGCCGAGGAAGAGCGUGCACGUGCAGCGGCGCUCCAGCGCGAGCUGCAGCGCAAGGACAAGGUCGAGACUUGGUCCGUUUCCCAGCUCGACGGCAAGAAGAAGAAGAAGGGUACCCUCGGCGUCGGCGGCGGCGCCAUCUUCUUCGCCUCCGAGUCGGACAAGUCUCCCGUCAAGCAGUACCCGAUCACGGACCUGACGCACGUCGAGCAGUCUGGCGCCAAGGUCAUUGUCCUGACCGUCUCGUCCCUCGGUGAGCCCCUCGAGUUCAACACGGGCAGCGCCAAGACGACAAAGGAGAUUCUGGCAAAGCUCGCUACCAGCAAGCAGGCUGCUGGCGAGGCGCUCCAGAUCCAGGCCGACGAGGCUGCAGAGGAGGAAGACUCGGCUGAAGAGGCCGGACCCACCCCUGGCCCGCCCGUCAUGCCUAUCCCGAUCCCCGAGCCCAAACAGGUGCGCUUCUCCGAACCCGAGCCAACCAGCCCCGCCGCCCCGCGCAUGCUCCCUCCUGCACUCAACGGCGGCGCCAGCAAGGCUCCUCGUGUCGAGUCUGCCAACGUCUUGUACGACUUUGAGGCAGACGGCGACGACGAGCUCACCGUCCACGAGGGCGAAGUCCUUACUAUCGUGGACAAGGAGAAUGACGAGUGGUGGCAGGUUCGCAACGCGCAGGGCAAGGAGGGCGUUGUGCCGGCCCAGUACGUCGAGCUGGUUGCCGGUGGCGCAGCUGCAGCUGCCGCCCCCGUUGUCGACCACGCGGCCGCUAGCCGCAAGGCCGAGGCUGAGGCUGCCGCCGCCGCUGCUGCUGUCGAGCAGACUCGUCGGGAGGAGGCUGCCCGCAAGGAAGAGCAGCGUCGAGCAAUCGAGCGCGCAGCCGCAGAGCGUGCCGAGCAAGAGGCCGCCGACCGCCAGCUGGCCGAGGAGAUUGAGGCCGAGGAGUCGGCCAAGCGCCAGCAGCAAGCCCGUCAGCAGGCAGACCACGCCCGUCAGCAGCGCGAAGAGGAGAUUGCGAGGAGGCGCGAGGCAGCACGCAACCAUGCUCCCCCUGCCAUUAGCAAGCGUCCGCCACCGCACGACGUCAAGGAGGCUGCACGCAGCCUGCCCUCUGGCCGCGAGAAGAGUGCCGCUCCUCGUCCGACCGAGAACAACCGCCCCAAGCCCAACCCCCAGCGCACUCGUACAUGGAGCGACCGCACGGGCCAGUUCAAGGUCGACGCCGAGUUCCUGGGCAUGAACGGCGACAAGCUGCGGCUGCACAAGACCAACGGUGUCAUUAUCGAGGUGCCCAUCGGCAAGAUGUCUGGUGACGACGCGCAAUACGUCAAACGCGUGCAGUCGCGCCGCGCCGACCGCGAGAAGCGCCAGAGCACCGUGGACUCGGACGACGUGCCCCUCGGCUGGACACAGCCCCCACGUCGCCCGUCGCAGCAAAUGAGCCAAGAGAGUGCCAGUCGCAGCGCGCCUCCCAAGUCUACUCGCGAGCGCCGCCCUACCUUUGACUGGUUUGCGUUCUUCCUCGAGGCCGGAUGCGCCAUGGACGACUGUACCCGUUACGCAGCCAACUUUGAGCGUGACCGUAUCGACGAGUCGAUUCUCGUCGACCUCGACCCGCCUACAAUGCGCUCGCUUGGUCUGCGUGAGGGCGACGUGAUCCGUGUUCGCAAGCACAUUCAAGUCAAGUAUGACAAAAAGGCGGCGCCCAACACUGCCAACGAUGAGGAGUAUGCCCGCAAGUUGCAGGAGCAGGAGACUGGCGGUAGUGCCACUGCUGCUCCAGGCCUCUUCACCGGUCCCAAUGGCAAGCUCGCCAACAACACCCGCCGCGGACGUCCCGAGCGCCGGGGUACCAUCACCGACACUGUCGACACGGGCGCCAUCGCUGCCGCUGGUGACCAGCUCCGCAAGAUGUCCCUGCAGCCCAUCGAGCCCACUCCGGCACCAAAGGUUGCUACGCCUCCCGUUAGCAUCAGCAUGUCCCCACCUCCCGAGGAGAAGAAGCCCGAGGCCCCCAAGUCUGGCUUUGACGACGACGCUUGGACCAUCAAGCCCGCCGCCAAGCCCGCCUCGCCUGCGCCGCCUCGCGCAACCCCGUCGCCGUCGAUCGCUACGGCGCCAGCAAACGGCACCGACGCGCUCCUCGCUCAGAUCCAGGGCAUGCGUCCUGCUUCCACCGGUCCUGCUCCCGGCGGCGCCGCGUUUGAGGAACUCGCCCGUCCAGGUCCCAUCCCCCAGCGUGCCUCCACCACACCUCAGCCUGCCAUGGCCCCUCCCUCGAGCUACGGUCUCGGUGCAGCAAACACGGCCACGCCCAUGGCCCAGCUGCAGGCCCAGCAGACUGCCGCUCCUCAGAUGAUGGCACCGCCCCAGCCCGACCCGAACGCUCCUCGCGGUCCCCUCGCCCCCCUCCCCGUCAACCAGGGUCUUCUCAACCCCAUGCAGCCCGCCAUGACCGGCAUGUUUGUCCCCACGCAUAACAGCGGGUCCGGAACUCAGUCACCGUUUGGCAACAGCAUGGCUGUCCAGCAGACCGGGUACAUGCAGCCUAUGCAGACGGGCUUCCAGCAGCCCAUGCAGCCGGCGUACACUGGCUUCCCUGGCUACCAGCAGCCGCAGCAGCAGCCACAGCAGCAGACUGCGUUCAACGCCAUCGCCAACAUGCCUCCUCCCCAGGUUCCUCAGCAGACUGGUGCCGGUGGCGGCGGCGGCGACCAAUUCGCCCCGUCCAACAUCUUCAGUGCAAUGAAGCGCACCGACUUUACGAGGUCCGAGGACACCAACCCCCAGUCGUCCAACAAGUACGACGCUCUCCGUCCCCUCACCACCGGUUACAACGGCGCGCCCCAGGUCUACCCACAGGCAACCGGCAUGCCCGGCAUGCAAAUGCAGCCGACGGGCAUGAUGGGCAUGGGCAUGCAGCAGCAGCAGCAGCCCCAGAUGCAGAUGGGCCAGAUGGGCAUGCCCGGCAUGAUGCCCCAGAUGACCGGAUACCCGGGGCAGCAGAUGGGCGGAUACAUGGGCCAAGGGGGCUACGGCUACCAGUAG